AUGGACUAUAGCGCUAUUUCCAACGACGACAACCCGGCUGGCGCAUCGCCCUGGGGAAACUCACCCGGUUCGUCGCCUCAGCCCAACCAAACGACAUUUGGCUCUCUCGGCGGAGACCUCGGUGGUGAUCCGCCUGGCUCACCCUUCCGCUACACUCCCAGCCCCGGCAAUGGCCUGCCACAGGAGCGAGAUAACUUCGGCGGCGAGUCCUACGUGAGACCCAACACUGCGAGCACCGAGUCCGCAACCGAGGUGGAAACACAGGAAUCCAGAACCGAGGUCGGCUCAGAAGCCCGAACCAGCGGCGAGGCGGGACCCGAGACGCCCCAGAAGUCGCAAGAACAAGGAGGUGCGCCGGGUACGGGCGACCAAGCUCGCCAGGAGCAGCAAAUCCGCAAGCCUCAGCAGCCUCAGUUUAGGCUUCAGGCCAAGAUUACUGGUCUCGAGAGGACUGGAAAGAAGGACCCAAUCUUGCGGUUCGACGUCCAUACCAACCUUCCCAGAUUCCGUACUACUCAGUACCGCGAUGUGCGCCGUUUCCACUCUGAGUUCGUCAAGCUUGCGGAGCACCUGAUCUCAGCCAACCCCGAGUGUUUGGUGCCUACUGUGCCCCCCGCGGUGACAUCAGCUGGCGCAGGAACGGACGAAGACGAAGCACGUGUUAAGGCUCUACUUCAGCGAUGGUUCAACUACGUGUGCAGCAAUGAGAUUCUUAUGAGGGACGAUGAGAUGGUUCUUUUCGUCGAGAGCGAUUUUGGUUACAGCCCCAUGGUCAAGAUGAAGCAGCCCGCGACCGGCGUGCGCAGAAAGAUUCUGAAGCAGUUUGCCCCUCCCCCUGAUGACACCCCUGAGCUUCAGGAGGCUCGUCCAAUCGUCAAGCUCUUCUAUUUGGGAACCAUGGACGCUGGCCACAAGGUUGAUAAGCUCGUCAAGUCCCGUCGCGGCCUCGGAUUGGCUGAGUCCGACUUUGGUGUUAAGCUUGGGGCGAUGAACGUUCAAGAGCCCCAUCAGGGACUCGCCAACGCCUAUCGAAAGCUCGGCAAGAUUGUACAGACAGUUGGCGAUUACCACGCUGCACAAGCCACCGCAGAAGCCACGACAAUCGGCGAUCCCUUUCAGUAUCACUCGCAGGAUGCCUUCGUUGUCAAGGAGUCACUCACCAAUCGUCAAAUUCUCAUUCGCGAGUUCCUCCAGGCUCAAGAGAACACGCGUAGCAAGCUCAACGCCGCUGAUCGUCUCAAGGCGAGCUCCAACGUAAGGCGGGAGAAGGUCGACGAGGCUAUCACCGCCCUUGAUGACGCGCGUCAAAACGAGACUUAUCUCUAUCAAAAAACAACCCGUGUCACCCAGAACCUGGUCCAGGAGCGUCGGAAGUGGUUUGCCAGGACCGCAGCUGACCUGCGGCUCAGCAUCAGAGAAUAUGUUUUGCGCGAGAUUGAGGCUGAACGUCGAGCGCUCGCUGUUCUGGAGACUGUACGACCGGACAUUCGAUCAAUCGAUGCAUCUGGCGGUCUGAGUCGACUCGGACGCGAGUCUCACCCAACCGUCAGGCGGACCAACAUGGCCGCCAGUCAAGGUCCCAAGGGCGAUGCAUGGAGCGGUGUCCCACGACGCUCAGACCAGGCCAUCAGCCGCAGCGUGUCUGGCAGUCUUAUUUCUGGCGGCCCCGAGGACGGAGAUGGCGACGACGGACAGGGUGCAGGACAGAACAAGGGCCUCGGCGCAACAGGUGGUCGGGCAAGCUUGACCGGUGUGACAGAAGAAGACGAUGAGGACCGAGUGGAUGCGAGAAAUGCGGCAAGCCGAUUGGCGACGAGCACAUUCUGA